AUGGCGGCAAUUCAUUUAAGUCAAGCACAGGUGGAAGCCUCUGCUCUCCCACACGAUCGCCAACUCAACGACCCUCAGCGGACAGAGGACGCUACCGAAGAUCGUGCCGAAAAGAUCAGGUCUAUUGUACCCUAUCUGUUAGAAAAGUGUCCAGAGUUCCGAGAACUCAGUGAUUUGAGACAGCAGGGAUGGGAAGCCCUGGAGGGCAAAGAAGACUUUGCGAACCUUUGUGAAAAUGCGGACCAGUCCGACGAAAAGACAGCGACCUACUUUUAUAACUUAAUGCUCACAAUCGGACACGAAAUUGACGCGGCCACACGUGCCUUCAAAAUCCAACAGGUGGAUUCAACCCCGCCUACCAUUCUUGACAUGUGCAUGGCCCCCGGUGCAUUCCUCGAGAUAGCAUUGAAAAAGAAUCCAGGCUCACAUGCCCUGGCUUUCAGCCGGCCUGUCUCCCGUGGAGGACAUAGAAGCCAUCUGGCAAGCGGCUUGAAUGCCAGACGAGUAUUCCUCGAUGUGACUAUGCUUGCUGCCGACAUGGAUCUGGACCAGAUACCCGAGGGCCAUGAAGAUGCUGAGAACUUUCUGCCCCGACAACUUGCAGAAGGUCGGCUUUUUGAUUUGGUGAUCUGUGACGGCCGGGUAUUGAGGCAACAUCCACGCGCUCCUUAUCGAGAGAGCCGGGAAGCGACAAGGCUGGCCACUGUGCAGCUUGCUCUGGGUCUCCAGCACCUAAGAUCUGGUGGCACUAUGGUCGUUCUUCUUCACGGGCUUGAAUCGUGGAACACGGUUAAUCUCAUUUGGAAGUUUCACAAGAUCUCCUCGGUUCAACUUUUCAAGCCGAAGAAAUGCCAUGCCAAGCGCUCGUCCUUUUACAUGGUUGCUACCAAUCUUGAUAGUCAAAACCCAGAGGCUGUCGAAGCGGUCAAGCGGUGGAAGAGAAUCUGGCAGAUUGCCACGUUUGGCUCUGAUGAAGAGCAGGGCAAGGUGAGAUUGGAUGAAGACACCUCCGUAGAAACAUUGGUCGAGGACUUCGGGUCCGAAAUCGUGAAAUUGGGCACGGCAAUAUGGAAGAUACAGGCGGAUGCCCUGGCUAAAGCGCCAUUCAUGAAGAAGCCAGAGUGA